CUACUCUUUACUACCAAUAAUAAUCGAUUCAAACUGGUUCCGCUUCUAGUUAUUUUUAUAAUAAAAUUUUCUCAAACUAGUCGUAUCGUAUCUCUCACAUUUCGUCAGGUGUGCAAGGUUUAGGCUUUGGUGGAUAUGUUGUGGCAUUCAGUGUUUUAUUUUUAGAUUCAUGAAUAAUUAGAUUUUAGCUGAAGAGACUUGGCUACCUUCCUUCCUUCCUACAGGUAAGGAGAGGUCCUUGCCUGCCAAUGCCAAUUUCCUCAAUACUUUUGACUCUCAAAGAUAAGAGGUUAUUUAUAUAUAUUUUUUAUGAUUUGCAUAUCUCAAAGAAACUAGUAAACCCGACAAAAUUAGGCAAAGAGAUCAACGUAUGAUUCGAGGCACAUGCUGGGUACGGUGUAAUUCAAAAGCCAGGCAGGCAGAACACUUGUUGGAUCCGAAGCAUGUACAUAUAUACACUUUUUUAAAGCUGGUCUGAAAUAUCGAAGGUAAUUGCUGUUGCUUCAGCUUCACUUGCUUUUCACCAUAUCUUUAUCUCUUUUGUCUCCCUACAAACUACAAAGUACAGCCCAACCGUGCAUCGCUUCUUGAGAAAUUCAUGGACUCGUCAUCUGUUAUUUCUUCCUACUCGUAAUCCCAAUAUUCAUAUUAAUAUUAAUAAAAUUCCCUCAUCAAAGAUCAUCAUCAGGACUCAAACCUACCGUUGCCACGACUUUUGUUGGUUUAGGGAGUACUCCAACGGGAAAUCAUCACCAAUGGAGGUGGAACUGGAGGGUACUGUGGUGCGUAGCUCCGUGAAUUACGUGCCCUUGACUCCCAUAAGCUUCUUGGAGAGAGCAGCCAAGGUUUACAGGGACAGGGUAUCCCUGGUGUACGGUUCCCUCAGACACACCUGGGCACAAACCCAUGACCGUUGUCUGAAGCUUGCUUCUGCUCUCUCCCUCCUCGGUGUUUCCCGCGGCAAUGUGGUUGCAACCCUAUCCCCUAACGUCCCAGCAAUGUAUGAGCUACACUUUGCGGUUCCCAUGGCUGGAGGAGUUCUUUGUACGCUUAAUGCACGCCUUGAUUCACCCAUGGUCUCAGUUCUCCUCCGACAUUCAGAAGCCAAGGUCAUUUUCGUAGAUUACCAGCUACUUGAAAUUGCUCGUGGAGCACUCCAUCUUCUUUCAAAAACCAACAUAAAACCUGCCAUCUUAAUCUUAAUUUCUAAUUCUAAUGCAUCUGAUGAUUCAACAUCUCCAAGCGCAACUACCGAAAACGAAUAUGAAAGUUUCUUACAAACUGGACAUACUGGAUUUGAGAUAAGAAGGCCAAUAAGCGAAUGGGAUCCUACCAGCGUGAAUUACACCUCUGGCACAACAUCAAGGCCCAAAGGAGUUGUUUAUAGUCAUAGAGGAGCCUACCUCGACUCCCUCUCCACAGUUUUGCUUCAUGAGAUGCCUUCAAUGCCUGUUUAUUUGUGGACAGUGCCUAUGUUUCACUGCAAUGGCCGGUGCCUUAUUUGGGGGGUUGCUGCCCAAGGUGGGACUAACAUAUGUCUUAGGGGUGUUUCUCCAAAGGGCAUAUUUGAGAAUAUAACCCUGCACAAUGUGACACACAUGGGAGGGGCUCCUACUGUCCUUAACAUGAUUGUCAAUUCCCCGCUCAGGGACCGAAAGCCACUUCCUCAUAGAGUGGAGGUAUUGACAGGCGGCUCUCCACCACCUCCACCCGUCCUCUUUAUGAUGGAGGAGUUGGGUUUUGGGGUAACUCAUUUGUAUGGCCUCAAAGAAACUCACGGUGCUGGGACAUACUGCACGUGGAAACCUGAAUGGGACUCUUUGCCUCCUGAUGAGCGAUCAACGAUUAAGGCCCGCCAAGGAAUGCAGCAUAUUGGUUUAGAGGAGGUUGACAUAAAAGAUCCUGUCACCAUGCAAAGUGUACCUGCUGAUGCUAAAACCAUGGGUGAGGUUAUGUUCAGGGGAAACACUGUGAUGAGCGGAUAUCUCAAAGACUUACAAGCAACGGAGGAAGCAUUCAGAGGCGGAUGGUUCCGGAGUGGGGAUCUUGCUGUGAAACAUUCUGAUGGUUAUAUAGAAGUAAAGGACCGGUUGAAGGAUAUCAUCAAUUCAGGGGGAGAGAAUAUAAGCACAGUGGAAGUUGAAACAGUUUUGUAUAAUCAUCCAGCAGUUCUUGAAGCUGCAGUUGUUGCACGCCCAGAUAAUCACUGGGGACAGACUCCUUGUGCAUUUGUCAAGUUAAAGGAGGGAUUUGCAGCUGAUGCUCAACAACUUAUCAAGUUUUGCAGGGAUCGCUUGCCGCAUUAUAUGGCUCCCAAGACCGUGGUCUUCGAGGAAUUGCCAAGAACUACAGGAAAAAUACAGAAGUUUAUACUGAGGGAGAAAGCAAAGGCCUUGGGUAGCAUUUCGUGA